UUCCGCUGCGACCGCCCGCCACCCCGCCUCCCUCACCCCUCCGCCGCCUCCUCCCCUCCGCUGCCCCUUCCCCUCUGCCGCCUCUCUUCACUUCCCCCGCAGUACCUGCUCCCGCCCCACGUGGUCUCACCUGUGCGGCCUCCUCGGCCCGCGCCCGCCUGCCGGCUUCGUUUCCGGGACCACUUAGCCACAACCGGGUGCGGGUUGCACUACUAGAGGGUCACUUUUUCUCCUCUCUACUCUCUCCUCCAAGAGUGAAACAUGACUGAGGACUCUCAGAGAAAUUUUCGUUCAGUAUAUUAUGAGAAAGUGGGUUUUCGUGGAGUUGAAGAAAAGAAAUCAUUAGAAAUUCUCCUAAAAGAUGAUCGAUUGGAUAUCGAGAAACUUUGCACUUUUAGUCAGAGAUUCCCUCUCCCGUCAAUGUAUCGUGCGUUGGUGUGGAAGGUGCUUCUAGGAAUCCUGCCUCCACACCACGAGUCCCACACCCUGGUGAUGAUGUACCGCAAGGAUCAGUAUGCUGAUAUCCUUCAUGCCUUGAAAGUCAUUCGCUUCGUCAGUGACACCACCCCUCAGGCUGAAAUCUAUCUCCGUAUGUAUCAGUUGGAGUCUGGGAAGUUGCCUCGAAGUCCCUCUUUUCCACUGGAGCCAGAGGAUGAAGUGUUUCUGGCCAUUGCAAAAGCCAUGGAAGAGAUGGUGGAAGAUAAUGUUGACUGUUACUGGAUCAUCCGAAGCUUUGUGAACCAAUUAAAGAACAAGUACCGGGAUUCUUUGCCCCAACUGCCAAAGGCUUUUGAACACUACUUGAAUCUGGAAGACAGUAGACUGCUGAAUCAUUUGAAGACAUGUUCUGUGGUGUCCAGACUUCCUUAUGACCUCUGGUUCAAGAUGUGCUUUGCAGGAUGCUUGCCUGAAUCCAGUUUACAGAGAGUUUGGGAUAAAGUUGUAAGUGGAUCCUGUAAGAUCCUAGUUUUCGUAGCUGUGGAAAUCUUACUAACCUUUAAAAUGAAGGUAAUGGCACUGAACAGUGCAGAGAAGAUCACGAAAUUUCUGGAAAACAUCCCCCAGGACAGCUCGGAUGCGAUCGUGAGCAAGGCCAUUGACCUGUGGCACAAGCACUGCGGGACCCCGGUGCACUGAGCCUGGGUGCGGGCAGUCGGCGGGCCGGCCGGAGCACCCCUUCCCGGGCUGUGACCUCCCAAGCUCGUGGAGAAUGCCGUCUUUGCUCUGGUGCCCAAAGUUAAAUUUUUUUCCCAGUAAAAUUAUUUAAUUAAGA